CCCCCCCCGGUCCCAACUCCAAACAACCACCACACACAGAAAAUACAUAUAUAAACGACCCCCUUAAGAAUCGCCAGUAGAUAGUCGUCCAACUAUUCCGAUCUUGCCUCCGCCGUUGUCUGAGGUAGUUCUGUACAUACACCAUGGUUAUUGACAGCAUUUUGUCUUCUCCUGUCCGAAGGACAGCAUCAUUCAGAAAACAAUUUUCCCAGAAUGAGUUAGGUAGCUGGUCAACACUCCUGCAAAGGCAUCGCUUCCUCUUAACAGCCCUUGUCCUCCUGACUUUCCUCUGCACUGUUUAUCUUUACUUUGCUGUCACUUUAGGAGCCGAUGGGUCAUGUUCUGGGAUGAGUGGAACCGAAAAGGCAUUGUGUCAUUUGGAGCAUGCUAAGACAUCAGUUUCCCAUGGAAAAUUGAAAUUUUUUUAGCAUGUAGAUGAUAAAAACAUUUGUGAGUUUAAUUUUUUUCUUGGUUCCUAUUAAUUAGUGGGAAUCAAACAUUCAAUACUUCUAAAUGAAAUGUGUAGUGGCAUUUGUAAUGUUGCUUAAUUGAUUGAGUUAAAUAUACACAAUAUUUAUGUCA